AUGUCAAGGUUCUGCAGAAGAGGGGCUUUUACCAUCCUUGGCCCAGGCUCCCCACUCUCCUCUCUUCCCGGCACGAGUCCCGGUCGCUCCGGCGGAGCGCUGCUGCCGGGCCCCCGGGCCUGCAGAGGGCGCUCGGGGGCGGCGCCGGGCCCGGCCCGCCAGGCUGCCCGGGGGCUCGGAGGGGAUCGGAGGCUGGCACGCGUCGUUCCCAACGGGCUGUCUGCUCCGCAGCUGGCCCAGAGCCACGGCGGCCUGGGGCUGCUUUUCCAGCUCGCCUGCGCUCCCGGUGGGGCGAGGAAGCGGCCCCGGUGUGACGGGCGGAAGGCGCCCCGCCGGCACCGCCCCGCGUGGGCAUGGCGGCGGGCGCGCGGCGGCGGCAGCUCCCGGCCUGGAUGGGGGCGGCGGCGGACGGCCGGGUGGCGGCGGCUCCGUCCCCCAGCGCCGGGCGGCGGCGGGCGGCGGCGGGGCGCAGGUAGCGCCGCUGGGGCGGGGGAGCGGCCGGGACGGCGGGCGGGAGGGCGAGCCCGUGCGCUGCCCGCGCUGAGCGUCCCCUGUGCACUGCCCAGGCCGGCGGCGCUGUACUGCAUGAACGAGGCGGAGCUGCUGGAGGUGGCCCUGGCGGUCCUGGCCGAGAAUCUCCAGUGCGAGGAAGGUGAAAAGAAGGCCCGGUCCCGGAGCGAAGAGGAGCAGGAGAUCCCGCCAACACCAGAGGAGGUUCCUGGAAGCACGGCCAACACGCAUGGAGGCAGCGACCACGGUCCGGCACUUCCAUCCCCUCCUGGUGCUGGUGCUGGCGCACAGGGGAUAGGCGGGGAGAACUCUGAGGACGAUGUGCUGAAAUACGUCAGGGAGAUCUUUUUCAGCUAACAUCUCUGACUUACGAGGAGAAGAGGGCACAAUGGGGAGGAUGUCUCCUCCCGCGGCCCUGGGAACGGUGGGAGGAGGGCCUGGAGGGGGGCUCUGCAUCCAUCUGCUGUGUAGGAUAGCCAGGAAGGCCAGAGGGGGAAAGGAAGGAGCUACUCAGUUCUCCCACUCUGUGCUGGGCUCAGGGGGAUUUGGCUCCAGAUUAGAAGGUGUUCGUUUCUGUUUCACAUUUCAGAGCAUGGGCAGAUAAAAGAGGCCAUUCGGGUUUCUGUGAGCAUCCCUUUGGUGGUUUGGUGUUGGGCAUGGAGGGGAGCAGGGAGCUGCUGACCUGGAAGACCUUUGCUGGCAGAGCUACAUGGUCAUGGUUCAGCCUUGGGGGCUCCCUUGUCCUUGUGGUCCCUCUGUCACAGCUGCAGUGGGGCCUGGCAGGCUGUUCCCAUUGGGCCUGGUGCUGUUUGCCUCCAGACUCCAGGAGUCUUCCCAAUGCUGAGGAACACAUGUGGGAGCAGGUGACUGCCCUGAGGGGGCUGAUCCCAUGGCAGCAUGCAUGGGGGUCUAGGAAGGGAUGAAGAUGGCUCAGUAUCCUCUUCCCAAUCAAAAAAAAAAAAGAAGGACAAACAAACCACAUGAGGCCAGCAUGUAUUGAAAUGAAGAAUCGGUCAAAUCACCAGCCUCAUCCCCACCAAGGCUGUAGCAAGAGAAGACAGACCCUCAUUUCCCUUGAAACAAAUUCACUCAACUGCAAAGAAUAUCACUGUUAAGCAGGCAUUCUUUAUUUUCAUAAAUUCUCCCAACCACUGGAUGAAUUAAUGCAGCACGUACUUACAAGGCUGUUACAUAUUCACUACAAAUAAAACUCCGGUUUUGAAAACUUA